GUUCCUAUUCAAGAAAAACUGGUUACAAACAUGACCAUCAACCUUGGUCCACAACAUCCCGCAGCUCAUGGUGUGUUGCGACUUGUUCUGGAACUUGAUGGAGAGGUUGUAAAGCGUGCAGAUCCCCAUAUUGGUCUGCUGCAUCGUGCUACAGAGAAGUUGAUAGAGUACAAAACAUAUCUACAGGCUUUACCAUACUUUGAUCGUCUGGAUUAUGUGUCUAUGAUGACAAAUGAACAGUGUUACUCUUUGGCUGUUGAAAAACUUCUAAACAUCGACAUUCCAGAAAGAGCUAAAUGGAUAAGAGUGUUAUUUGGAGAAAUUACAAGAAUUCUGAAUCACCUUAUGGCGCUGGGUAGCCAUGCCCUUGAUGUUGGAGCCAUGACGCCAAUGUUUUGGUUUCUUGAAGAAAGAGAAAAGCUGAUGGAGUUUUAUGAACGUGUAUCUGGUGCACGUUUGCAUGCUGCUUAUGUGAGACCAGGAGGAGUGGCUCUGGAUUUGCCGCUUGGAUUGAUGGAUGAUAUUCAUGAUUGGAGUUCACGGUUUUCUCAACGGAUAGAUGACCUUGAAGAGGUGUCUACAUACAAUAGGCAAAUGAAAACGAUGGUGAGCCGUGAGGUAGAGGUAACAAUUAGAACAUCAGCAGAUGCCUUGAAUUUGGGUUUUAGUGGAGUCUUGUUACGUGGUUCUGGAAUCAAGUGGGAUCUUCGUAAAUCACAGCCAUAUGAUGCAUAUGAUAAAGUGGAUUUUGAUGUUCCUGUUGGCAAGAAUGGAGACUGUUAUGACAGGUAUUUAAUCAGAGUUGAGGAAAUGCGGCAGAGUUUAAGAAUUAUACAUCAGUGUUUAAACUGGAUGCCUGCAGGUGAAAUAAAAGUUGAUGAUGCCAAAAUCUCACCACCAAAGAGGUCUGAAAUGAAGGAGUCCAUGGAAGCUCUUAUCCACCACUUCAAGCUCUUCACAGAAGGUUACCAAGUUCCCCCGGGUGAAACUUACACAGCAAUUGAAGCUCCGAAGGGUGAGUUUGGUGUUUAUUUGGUGGCGGAUGGCACCAACAAACCUUACCGCUGUAAGAUUAAAGCUCCUGGAUUUGCGCACCUGGCUGGUAUGAAUUUAUUGGCUACUGGCCACAUGUUGGCAGAUGUUGUGACAAUUAUGGGUACUCUCGAUGUUGUGUUCGGGGAAAUCGAUCGCUAAGGAAGAUAUUGAGUCCAUUCUGUACAUAGAGGAUAUAUAAUCGGAGUAGUAGUUGCCUCAGUCUAUAGUACAGGCAACAAAAACAAAAAUCUAUUUAGUGGUUAAAUUUAGGUAUUACAUACCAUCUACAGACUAUGAAACUAACUAAGAAAGUGGAUGUUAAAUAGGAGGUGCUAGUAACCUGUAGUAACUAAUUAAUAAACUGCAUAGUUGUAAAAAUUGUAGAAAGCUAACCAAGCGAUAGUUAAGACCAAACAUUUAGUUCUCAGUUGUUUUUAAACCAUUUGUUGUAAAAAAUUUUUAUUUCAUUUUAAAUUUGAGGCGUAUCUGUGAACUUUAUAUGAUUGGUGCGACUUUUAGCUUCUUUGUGUAUUUUUUGUAGUUAUAUUCUGUUAAAUAGCUUUUUUAAAAGCUAAAAGUUUUUAACUCUUAAAAUAGUUAAUACAAUACAGAAUGCAAUACAAUACAAUACAAGUUUGUUACAAGUUAAGCUUAAGUCUACAUGAAUGUAAAUGUUUUCCUUGCUGAAGUAUAACUUCUGAUGAACUUUAGGACCCUUUAGCUUUCUGCCGUCUGCGAAGCCCUUGUUUGGAUCGUCACACAACAUUUCUCUUCAGAAAAUCGUUGCGUGACGGCUAAAAUGGACUAAAUAUAAAAUUGACUAGAUUUUAAAAUAGAUUUGAAUUUUAAAUAAAGAAUAUUGAAAUAAGCAA